AUGGCUAGAGUGUUAGUGCUGCUCUCGGUCGUGGUGGCGAGUUUGCUCUUUAGUCAAGGCGCGACAUUCGAGAGCCAGCGGCUCUUCAACAACGCGGUCAUCCGUGUGCAACACCUCCAUCAACUGGCUGCCAAGAUGAUGGACGACUUUGAGGAAGCUCUGUUGCCUGAAGAACGCAAACAGCUGAGCAAGAUUUUCCCGCUGUCUUUCUGCAACUCGGACUCCAUCGAGGCUCCGGCAGGCAAGGACGAGGCCCAGAAAAGCUCUGUGCUGAAACUGCUGCACACCUCCUACCGUCUGAUCGAGUCCUGGGAGUUCCCCAGCAGGAACCUCGGCAACCCUAACCAUAUCUCAGAGAAGCUGGCUGACCUGAAAAUGGGCAUCGGCGUACUUAUCGAGGGAUGUGUGGAUGGACAAACCGGCCUGGAUGAGAACGACUCUCUGGCUCCGCCCUUCGAGGAUUUCUACCAGACCUUGAGCGAGGGAAACCUGAGGAAGAGCUUCCGUCUGCUGUCCUGCUUCAAGAAGGACAUGCACAAGGUGGAGACCUAUCUGAGCGUGGCCAAGUGCAGGAGAUCUCUGGAUUCCAACUGCACCCUGUAG